UAUAACCCGGAAUCAGUCCAGGUGAGGCUUGGCACGGAGAGGACGGAAUAGCGCCCCAGUUCGCCAUGAGCCCGAAGUACAGCAUGAACGGAGAUACGUUCCCUACUUUUGAUGGAGGUGACGGGGGCAGCAAAGGAUGCCGUGUCUCCAUAGUAACUGGAUUCAUCUUAAUCCUGCUGUCCCUGGCGAUUUCUGUUGGAGUUGGGAUAAUUGUAUUUUUUGCAGGGUCACGGGACGUUGUGUGUCAGUGUGGCGGGGUGGGGAUGACCCCGGCCCCCGUCACCCCCAGUCCAGAGGCGUUAAGAGCCAUGUGCAUUGACAUCAUCCAAGAUGGCGAAGGGGAUGAGAUCUGUGCUGCCUGCUCUGAGAGCCCCAGCAACACCACCGCAUCAACAUCUUUCGUGUCAACGUCCACGCCAACACCCACCACGGCACCAAGCAACUACCGUCUUCCAAACACCGUUCUACCAUAUCUCUACUCAGUGGAGCUCCAGCCCAACAUCUAUGGUACAAAUGACUCUUUGUUUGACUUCAACGGGUCGGUAGCCAUACACACAGUAGCCCAGUCUGCCUCCAACUCCAUCGUCCUCCAUGCCCACCCGACGCUGAUGAUAGACACAGCCUCUGUGAUGGUACUCAACGUCAACACAACUGCAGGGAUCGCCGUGGACGUGGCGUACGAGGAACUGAGGCACUUCGUUACUCUACAUCUUGCUGAAGCCAUGGAGGUUGGUCAUCACUACAGGAUCAGCAUGACCUUCACGGGCCCUCUGACACAAGAUGGAACUGGGCUUUAUCUGAGCUUCUACGAAGACAACAAUAACAAAAUUUACCUAGCAACAACCCAGUUCCAAGCGCCCAACGCAAGGAAGGCGUUCCCGUGUUUCGACGAGCCAGGUCUGAAAGCUGAGUUUGACAUUGCCCUGGUUGUGAAGGACGAUACAGGGAGGAACUAUACUUCCCUCUCCAACAACAAGCUCAAAACUACCGAACUCACAGGGGUUCCUGGAAUGGUGAAACACAUCUACGAGAGAACUGUUACCAUGCCAACAUACCUUCUGGCAUUUAUAGUGUGUGAUUACGAGUAUGUGGAGACUCUGGCCAGUAAUGUCACUUACCGGACGUGGGCCAUGCCUCAGAGACUUGAGUUCACCGCCACAGCACAGGAGCAUGGUGUCCGGAUCUUCAACAGAUAUGCAGAGUACUUUACCCCUCCCUACGUGUAUGACAAACUAGACAACAUCGCGAUCCCAGACUUUAACGCUGGCGCCAUGGAGAACUGGGGUCUUAUCACCUACAGGGAGACCCUGCUGUAUGAACCCGGCGUCUCCUCGGCCUCCGAUGAAGACUGGAUAGGCGUCGUUGUCUCUCACGAAGUGGCUCACAUGUGGUUUGGCAACCUUGUGUCUCCUAAAUGGUGGAACUGGCUGUGGCUGAAUGAAGGAUUUGCCUCGUUCUGGGAUUAUCACAUCGUUGGAGAGUUGAACCCGACGUGGAGAACGCUGGAUCUCUUUGUCGCCGGGGACAUGCACGGAGUCAUGGGGGCAGACGCUUUGAGGUCAUCCCACCCACUCACUACUGACGUCAUGUCGCCUGGUGAGAUCAGCGCUUCUUUUGACUCAGUCACUUAUUCUAAGGGUUCUGCAAUUGUCCGGUUGAUGUAUCUAGCGAUGGGACAGGAACUGUUCAUCAAAGGAUUAAAUCGAUACCUAGCGACGCAUGCGUACGGUAACACGGAGCACCAGGACCUUUGGGACGCAUUGACAGAGGAAGCGAGCGCUAAUUCCGUUGUGUUGAACAUGACGGAAAUCAUGGACCCCUGGGCCACUCAGAUGAACUACCCUGUCGUCAACGUUACCGUGGAAACAGGGAAGAUAACUCUCACUCAACAGCGGUUUCUUGUUUCUGGAGCAGAAAACGCCUCUCAGGACACAGGAACCUACGGGUACAAAUGGACGAUCCCCAUCACGUACACCUCCAGCGUGGACCCCCAGUUUGACACAGUCUACACCCACCACAACCUGCAUUACAUGAAGUACCACGAAGACUCACUCGUCGUUGACCUGAAUGAGACCUUGCCAGCUGACGGCUGGGUCAUUGUCAACAUUAAAGAAUGUGGCUACUUCCGGGUCAACUAUGACGUCAACACGUGGAACAACAUCAUCAACUUCCUCUCUAACGGCAGCCACGAGCUUAUUCACCCCAUCAACAGAGCUCAGAUCAUCAACGAUGCCUGGAAUCUUGCAAAAGCUGGGCUGUUGGACCAGGCCAUUGCUCUCAAAACUGUCAACUAUCUGAGCAAAGACCUGGAUUACGUCCCUUGGAAAGCUUUCAUCCGGGAACUUGAUUACGUGGAAUCUAUGUUGGAGCGCACCUCCUUAUAUGGCAUAUUUCAGGUCUUCAUGCGGAACACGGUGAGCACUCCAUUCGCUCAAAUAGGAACCAACAUCUCGGAAACCAUGGCACCAAUAGAAAAAUUCACCGUUUCCCAAAUGGCGUCCCAGGCUUGUGGACACGACCUGCCUGAGUGUGUCCAGGUUGCCAGGCAACUGUUCAAUCAGUGGAUGGCGAACCCUGACAUCAACCCCAUCCACCCAGACCUGCAGAGCACCGUGUACUGCACGGCAGUGAGGAGUGGCGGGCACGAGGACUGGGAGUUCACCUACGCGCAGCUCCAAGUAGCCGACUCCAGCUCUGAACAGUCUCGACUGAGAGAAGCCCUGGCAUGCAGUCGGGAGCCAGGACAGUUACAGAGAUUACUGGAGAUGUCGCUGAACCCUGACGAGAUUCGACCCCAGGACACGAGAACCACCAUUACUGCCGUGGCUAACAGCCGGUGGGGUCGGGAUCUAGCCUGGAACUUCCUCAAGAACAGAUUCAGUGACUUGGGCGCAGCGGUGACUUCGUUUUCUGGAAUGUCUCGCCUCGUGGGUGAUGUGACAAGUAAAUUCAACACUGAGCAGGACUACAAACAGAUUGAAGACUUCAUGAACAGUGGAGAUGACCUGUCCCAGGCAGGGGACGCCUUCAGUCAAGCCAUGGAUAGAACACGUGCUAACAUACGGUGGCUCGGAGACAACUAUAACAUCUUUGAAGACUGGCUCACAGAACAGAACGCCAACUCCCGUCUUUAAUGGCUGUUCACGUAACGUACCGUCAGAGACAAAAACAUGCGCCCAUUUUCUUACAAGGCUUUCCUAGAGUAGAAUGGACCUACCCAACUUAAACCAACCAGUGUUUCAUGUUUGGUCUCCGAUGAGGAUGAAGAUGUAUAUAAUGCAAAUUUAUUGUAUACUUAUUGAUACUAUGUAUAGUUUGUGACUAUAUAAUCGACAUUUCCCUUCAGGAAAAUUACGUGUUCUUACACUCGAGGUAAACAGUACUUCAUGCCGGAUCUACUUUCCAUCUGACUCAUUGACGCCAUUGUCUUCGGACUAAAAACAGAAAAUACUAAUAAUUAAUACACCAUUUAUAUUUAUUUAUUUGUCAAAUAUUUGGGUAAUGUCGUGACCAGACAAGUGAACACUUUAAAACUGCACGAAACGUGAAAGUAUCUGUUUUAUCUGUCACAAAGUAAUCAUCUUAGCUGAAAAGGAAAAGCCAGAUAUAUUUAAAGUCCUUGUCCGUGUAGGUUGUACAGGGACAUAUCAAUAUCGGGUUCAUAUCCGACAUAUGGCCAUGGUUUUUCAGAUAUGUCAAUUACCUUAAACAUGAUUAAACAUGAUUAGCCAAUGUUGAAUUGAAAACUUAUUACAUGGGAAUAUAUUUAAAGAGGAUACAGAUCAAAUGAGACUUGAAAUAAAAAGUUAUCUUUGUCAUUUA